AUGUAUCGGAAGUUGUCUAAGUUAGAACACUCGGAAAUAAAACAACUUCUUACAGAAGCUAACAUAGAUGUUGCAAAACAUUACGCGACAAACAAAAAAGCACUCGCUGACAUUCUCAAUGACUACAAUGGUGAAAUAACUUAUGAUAGAAUUCAUGAGUUCAUAAAUGCAAGAGCAUUUCCUUUAAAUGACGUUGCUAUUGACUUAUAUCAUAGACGUUCAAUACCUCAUGAAGUAAGGCGUGAGAUGUUUGACAUAACAAAUGCAAACGUUGGUGAAACAAGAAGAAGAGACGACACACUGAAACAACAGAGAAGAGAGAUGUUUAAAAGUGCUAUAGAACAAGUUCGCAAAGCUAACGAUGUCAUUCGUUCCAUUGACGACAAACCAAAAGAAGGUGAGAGAUGGUUAAAGAAAGAUGAAGAGAAUAGGAAGAGAAAUGUGAAGUCAGGCAAUAGACUCAUUGACUUUAACAUCGAAGCUUUAGAUGAACCAAACAGAGACUACUUACACAAACAUUUCGGUAAGGUUUUCAUGAGACUCUUAGAGAAGAUUAAAAUAAACUCACAACAGAGAUGGAUGGUAUGUUAUAAACUUGGUGGAAAGUAUGAAUGUUCUACGUUAAACCUCAAUAAUAUUGGAACAUUACUACAUCAGCUCUUGAAGGAGAACUUUAUAUCAGAGAUAGAAGCAAAUGCCGCAGGUAUUGUUGAAAUGCACUAUGACUUCUUCUUGACAAACAUAAAGAAUCUUACUGAAAUAAAGAUGUAUGAUUUAACAGAAUAUGAAGGCUUAACGAUGUCAGAUGUAAAGAAAGGCAAACCAAAAAAGAGACCAUAUAGAGAUGAAAGCACACUGACAAAUGACCAGAAAGCCAUUUUGGAAGCUCUUAAGCAAACAGGAAACCCAGCACUUAUAGAA